AUGAAGGAGCAGGAGAGGGAGAACGGAGGAGGAGGAGGAGGAGGAGGAGGAGGAGGGGGGAAGGCCGGGAGCAAGAAGGAGAAAGAUCAGAGCUGGAUCCCAAAGAUCAUCAAGAAGAGGAUCUGCUCCACAUUCGUAGAAGACUCCUUCAGUAACGGGGCGCUGUGCCAGUGUGGCGGCGUUCGGGAGCAUCAUGACUCGGUGGCUACAGGAGACUUCUUCGGCGCGGCAAUCGUCACUCAGUGGGACAGCAGACAGCACUCGUCUGAGUGUCCCACAGACGCCUACGGAGAGCUGGAGUUCGCCGGGGCCGGACGCAGACACAGCCACUUUCUCCGUCUGUCAUGUGACACGCCCCCUCAGAUCAUCUACACCCUGAUGACGGCUCACUGGGGGCUCCCCUCCCCUAACCUGGUGGUGUCUGUGGUCGGGGGGGAGGGGAGGGAGAAGAUCAAACCGUGGGUGAGGGACGUCCUGAGGAACGGGCUGGUCAGAGCGGCUCAGAGCACAGGUGCGUGGAUCCUGACGGGGGGGCUGAGGGAGGGCGUGGCCCGCUGUGUGGGCGAGGCGGUGAGGGACCACGGAGCGGCGGCUCCGGCCCUGUCCCAGAAGAAGGUGAUAGCGGUGGGCGUGGCUCCGUGGGGGCUGGUUCAUAACAGGCAGCAGCUGGUUAACGCUCAGGGCAGCUUUCCCGCACGCUACUACGUCCAGAACACGUCCCGGGACUCGUGCUGCCUGGAUAAUAACUGCCAGGCCUUCCUGCUGGUGGAUGAUGGGAGUGUGGGCCGUCGAGGGGGAGAGACGGGCUUCAGGGCCAGUCUGGAGGACUACAUUUCCCAUCAGCGCACCGGCAUCUGGGGAAGUGGCAGCAUAGAGAUCCCAGUGCUCUGCAUGUUAAUCUCAGGAGACUCCAGCAUGUUGGAGCGGUUGGACUCAUCCCUGAGGAAAGAGACGCCCUGGUUGGUUCUAGCUGGUUCUGGUCCGGCUGCAGACUUCAUCUCUGAGCUGCUGGCCGACGCCGCCCCCAUCCCCCUCAGCCCCUCGUCCCUGUCCUCCCCCCCUGCAGAGGGGGAGGCUGCAGAGGGCCUCAGCACGGAGCUCCGCGACAAGGUCUGUGACAGACUGCGGAGGCACUUUCCUACUGAGAACGAGCCGGAGAGACUGCUGGACAGCGCUCUGAGUAUCUAUCAGCAGAGAGACCUCAUCACUGUGUUUCAUGGAGAACAGGAGGGCUCCGACGAUUUUGACACCGUUCUGCUCAGAGCUUUAGUCGGAGCCAGUAAGCGCAUUUCCAGUGAAGCCAGCGAGUACACUGAGGAGCUCAACCUGGCCGUGGCGUGGAACAGAGUGGACAUCGCCAAGUCAGAGCUCUUCAAUGGAGACAUCCAGUGGAAGUACGAUGACCUGGAGGACUCGAUGACGGACGCGCUGAUAAACGACAAACCCCAGUUUGUGCGUCUGUUCUGCGAGAACGGUCUGAACAUCCUGGACUAUCUAACGUACCGUCGUCUGGAGAGUCUGUACCGCUCCCUGUCCGACAGCUCGCUCGCCUACAUCCUACUGCAGAGACGUCUGAGCGAGCGCCAGGUGCUGGCCGGCUCCCUGCCUCACCUGGACACCACCACGUCACCGCUGAAGAGCCCACAGAGCGUGCUCAGUGGGGCCGCCUCUGCUAUGGAGCUCACGCUGUUCGAGGUCUCCCGUCUGCUGUGGGACCUGCUGGGUGACGUCUGUCAGCCAUUUUAUUACGGCCCUCUGGGUCUCGACCACAACAUCAGCACCAGGAGGGCCCUAAAGCAAGUGAACAGGAUGCUGCUGGGUGACUGUCUGUACCGAGAUCAGCGCUGUCUCUCGCCGUGGUCGGCCCUCUUCAUAUGGGCCGUCCUGCAGAACCGCACAGAGAUGGCCGUUUACUUCUGGGAGAUGGCGGGGGAGUCGGUGUUGAGCGCUCUCGGUGGCUGUAAGCUGCUCAGAGAACUUUCUAGGUGGGAGACGGAGACAGAGAGUAAAGUGGCCAUGAAGGAACUCGCUCAGAAGUUUGAGGACCUCGCACAUGAUGUGUUUGGAGAGUGUUAUCAGAACAGCGAGAGCCGCUCCUUCACCCUCCUUAUAAGGAAGUCGCCGGUUUGGGGCGGAGCCACAUGUCUCCAGAUGGCGACAGCAGCAGACGCCCGUCUGUUCUUCAGCCAUGAUGGCGUCCAGUCUCUCCUGUCUCAGAUCUGGUGGGGAGACAUGGAGAGGAGCACUGAGGUCUGGAAACUACUCCUGACGUUCUUCAUACCCCCCCUCCUCUACACAAACCUCAUCAGCUUCAGGGAGCAGGAGGAGGAGGUGAAGUCUGUGGAGGUUCAUCAUGGCAGAGACACGGACAGCCUGGAGGGCAACGAUGCCACUGUCUUCUCCCUCGCCGACAUCAUACAGAAUGAGGAAGAAGCUGAGGAGCUCAGAGCUUUAAAGGAAAACCUAAAAGACCCUUCCCCUCCAAACUCAAAGCGACCGUUCUUGGUGUUGCGAUGGAGACAGUUCUGGUUUGCCCCCGUCACCUCCUUCCUUGGUAACGUGCUGAUGUACUUCCUGUUCCUCUACCUGUUUGCUUACGUUCUGCUGGUGGACUUUAAGCCCCCACCCCCCAAAGGCCCCUCCACCCUGGAGUUUGUGCUUUACUUCUGGGUCUUCACCUUGGUGUGUGAGGAAAUACGACAGACGUUCUGUGUGGGCAGUGGCUUUGUGAUUCAGAGGAUGCAGAACUACAUCCAGGAUGUGUGGAACAAGUUCGACCUCACAGCCAUCUCUCUCUUUAUGCUCGCUCUCUGCUGCAGAAUGUUCCCCUGGUCAUAUGACUUUGGUCGGGCAGUGAUGGCUAUAGACUACAUGGUCUUCACUCUUCGUCUCAUCCACAUCUUCGCCAUCCACAAACAGCUCGGACCGAAGAUCAUCAUAGUGGGAAAGAUGAUGAAGGAUGUCUUCUUUUUCCUCUUCUUCCUCGCCGUGUGGCUCAUGGCAUAUGGAGUAGCCAAUCAGGCGCUGCUUUACUCAUAUGAUCCUCGUCCUAACUGGAUAUUCCGCAGAGUCUUCUAUCGUCCAUAUCUGCACAUUUUUGGACAGAUUCCCAUUCACGAAAUGGACGCUGACAAACUAGAGGAGGAUAAAUGUACAAACAACGCCACGCUGAUCGAGGCCGGGUACGAGCCAUGUCUGAGCACGUACGCUAACUGGCUGGUCGUCAUCCUCCUCGUCAUCUACCUGCUGUUCACCAACAUCGUGCUGGUCAACCUGCUCAUCGCCAUGUUCAGCUACACCUUCUCUAAAGUCCAGGAGCGCAGCGACACCUACUGGAAGUUUCAGCGCUACAAUCUGAUCGUGGAGUACCACUCGAGGCCUUGCUUAGCCCCGCCUUUCAUCAUCAUCUCACACCUCCACCUGCUCAUCAAGAGAUACAUCCGACGUAUCCCAUCAGUGAAGAGCAAACACUUUGUCCUGGAGCUCCGGGGCAGGAAGGCAAGCCGACUCAACACGUGGGAGGCGAUCCAGAAAGAAAACCUGCUGUCAGCUCAGAACAAGAGGCAGAGAGAGAGCGACACGGCUCGACUUAAAUGCACAUCCAUCAAGGUGGACAGUGUGCUGAAGCAGAUGGCAGAGAUCCGGGACCAUGACCGCAGGCUGCGACUGCUGGAGUCUGAGUUGGAGUACUGCUGCAGCGCCCUCUCCUGGAUGGCCGAGGCUCUGUCUCAGAGUGGCCUGAUUAAAGCUGACCGUCCUCCCCCCGCCCCUCAGAGAUCUGACUCUGUGGUUUCCAGACUGAGUGUCUGAACUUCAGGAUCUCAUCCACUUGCUGGUUCACUCAGGGCCGUUGUUCCAAAGAGAACCUUCUUUGCUGUUUUCCAUAUUUUGGUUUGUAUAUUUCAGAUGUUGCUGAUGUGUGACGUGUUUUUUAACAUGCUGUUAUAGGAUGCUGAUUAAAUGAAUAUGGCAGGUACAUGAACGCGGUUAAAGAUGCUGUCUCCUGACAACUGUGUUCCCAUACUAUUACCACUGAAUGUCGGGCCUUUCCUGUCCACAAAUGCAUGACUUUAUGAGCUCCACUUAAAGGCUGCAGCAACAAUUAACAGCGAUCCCUCCGUGUCAGGUCUGAGUAAAAAGCAUGACUGUGUAGGAGUGUAGGGAUGUAAGUGUUCUGCUCAUGUGCCUUUUGUCAUCACUAAUAAUGACCAAAGUCUGAUUAUUUCAGAUCCAUGGGGCUUUAAGCCAAAGUGUCCCCACAGAGUGCCUUAUAUAGCUACCUGUUCAGGUAGAUGAUAAUCAUGUCUUAAUCAGAUUAAUGUUAUACCCUGAUCAGACCCUUUUAAGGGAAGAGAAAUGUGCACUUGUUAAGCUGCUAUGAAGAAUAAUUAAAGUGUUUGUUAUUGAUGUGAAAAGUUUAACCAAAGAGACCAAACCUUAAAAAAACCUUAACACUUGCUCUUCAGAGCUUUAUCUCCUCUUUUAGUUUUAGUCUUGAUUCUCAGUUUAUAAGGUUGAAAUAAUAAAUAUCAUGUACAGUAUCAUUACACAGACAAAGCUUUGAAUUCACUAGCAUGCGCUGCCUGUUAGCUGCAAACUGCAGAGACCUACUGGGGAGCAUAACAGACAGAUACACAGGAGCUGGUGGGGACCAAAACCGGAGCUAAAAGAGAGAAUACCCGACGUACUGUCAUCACAUGGAGUAAAAUAGGGAUGUUCACAUACCAUUUUUUUCCUUCCCCAUACGAUUCCGAUACCAAGGUGUUGGGUAUCGGCCGAUACUGAGUCCUGAUCCGAUAUCAGUCUGAACUCUCUGAAAUGACUGUUCAGACUAGUAAAUUAUUUUAGACCUAUAUUUGACUCAAAAUGGCUCACAUGAUCAUAAUUCGAUUAAAAUGGAUAAAAAGACGUUCAAUAUCAGGUUUGCUGGUGUGGAUUUAAUCAUUAAAGUCCCCAAAAGACAUGCCAGUUCCAGGGUCGCUGAAAAUGCUGCUGUAAGGAUUCAAAGGCAUCAGUAGUGUUAAUGGGGAAAUACAACGGCUAGCUUCAAGAGGAAAAACAAGUAAGAUGCAGCAGUUUACUGUGCAAAAGUUAUUUAAGUUUUGAUAAGCUGCCACUUCUUGUCUUGUAUGACAGCGCGGGUCUGAAAGGCGUUUCAAUGAUCACAGACUACAUUCUUUGCAGCUGUAGCGGGUCCCCUGGUUGUUCUUUGCUUCUGCUGCGCCAGAAACAGAAGCCCGUUCAUACAGUGGCAGCAAAGAAGAGUUGAUUUCCGUUCAUAGUGCUAACAGUUAGCAUGGCUUAAUGAAGCAAAGUAUAAAGUUAAACCAAACAUAAACUCAUGUACUCGCCCACACCUGUGUUUUGAGCAGUAUCAGAGGUAUUUCUGAUACUGGUAUCGGUAUCGAAACAACCCUAGAGUGAAACACCCUUUAUGUCUUUAACAGAACCGUUUUCAUAGUCUCUUCUCACCAGGGUCUAUCAGUAGCUCUGUACACUCAGUAUUUCCUUUAUUCAACGAAAAAUAAGAAGGAAAACGUGAAAACAUUGUAAAGGUAUCCUGUGCUGGUACCAGCAGUCACUGUAGACCUGGACAUGACUCCCACCUAUCAAGUUCUCCUCUGCUACUGCUGUUACCUCUCUUGACGUUGAUUGGUCAGUAGGAAGAAUGACGUUAGCCGUUCCAAAAGUUAAACUAUUUUCAGCUAAAAGUGCUGUGAUUAAAAGUAUAAAAGAAUAAGAGUGAUUUCAGAGAAAAGCCUGGAUUACUCUGGUUUUGGACUGAAAAUAAGUGGUGUGCUGAGAAAAAGGCUGACUGUGGACAAAAGCCUAAAUAUAGAUGAUUUAUUCACAUGUAUACGGCAGAAAAACACCUCCUGGUGCUGGUAAUGGUGUAUUAUAGAAAUCUAGUAUGUUUGGGUUUUUUAUAUCUGUCUAAUGUUUAUAGAUGUAAUAUUUUGUCAGGAUAAACAGAAAUGUUUGAUGGAUUCUGUUACACUGUGAACGGUCUACAGAUUCAGUUUGUAUAAUAGAGAUAAGCACUGUACAGAACUAUGAAUUCAUUGGACCUGUAAAGACUGAAUAAACAGGAGUGAAAAGG